UGCCGCUCUUCCACCUUGGCAGGUCGUUGUUUCUGUUUCUUUUUUUUUUCUUUUUUUUUUGUUUCUGUUUUCAAAUCGAGUUGGACCCACCCGAGUAGGGUGGCCGAUGGAUCGUCCUUGGAUUGGCUUCAACGGGAAAAGUCAAGCUCGGGGCGGUUAUGGGGGACCACAAGGGAACGGCCUUUCACCCAUCGGCAUGCAGAUGGGGGGGGGGGGGUUGGGGGGGGGGCGGGAAGGGGGAAGGAGGGGGGAGAGGAAGAUGAAAAGUGAGAAGAGGAGUAGAGGAGGGAAGAUGAAUGGUGGGGGGAGUAGGUGGAGCAGGUGGAGGAGGGGUGGGCUGGGCAAAAAAUGGUAAUGGGGCACUAGCAGCACGGGCACAAGUGUCGCAACUAUCGGUUGGGGGCAACCUGCGGGGCCCGGCUGCGAUUCCGCAGUACCUGCCUGGAUCGGGUGGAGUGGUGCCGGAGUCACCGGGACACGGGCAUGCUUAUAGGAAAGCAGGUGUCACGGCCUCGCCCUCGGCUCAGGAAGGGGGGAUGGUGGGAAAUGCGGAUGGUAUUCUCUCCUCUCCUCACCCUGAGAAAACAUGGGUGAGUCCAUAUUCCAUAAAUGGAAAUGGGAACAUCGGCAGCAGCAGCAGCAGCAAUGGCAACGGCUGUCAUUUGACUAAUUUAGGAAUGGAAAGCUCAGCAGCGGCAUCGGCGAGUAUCAUAAGAAGUCCUGCAAGGAACUUGCAGGGGCAUCCGGCACCCCUGCCACCAGUACCCCCUUCUCCUUCUCCCAGCUCGAACUCCAACCCAGGCUCUCCCGCACCAGCGACUCCGUCCUCAACUAUCAGCUGCAGUUCUGACACUGCCAGUCUUCUUUCGUCAGGUCAAGGUCAGCAGAUGGACGGAUCUGGCCAUUUGCCGCAGCCCCUUCCGUGGGGGUCGUCAAUGUUGCCGACAGGUAUGGGGGUCCCGCCUGGGUCGGGAAUGAACUCAGACAGGGGAAUGUAUCAGUCUCCGGGCUCGCUGACAUAUGCAAAUGGCAAUGGGAGCAUCGGCGGCGGAAGGGACUGGGAGUACAUGCUCUCAAGUCCAGUGUCUUGUUCUCCAUCUCCGAGAGGCGAUCCUCCCAAAGGACUGGAUAAUCAGUCGAUUAGGAGACAGAAUUACAGGGAUGACAAAGCGCGGGGAAAGUUUGGCUCUGUGUUGGGAGGAUCAAGCUUCAGUAGCGCUGUGCCGCCGGUUGUGCCACGGUUGAAGAUUAUGCUGAUGGCUGAUGGUACGCGCCAUGUGUCGAUGGAGGAUGGCCCACCAUCAGCAGGAGAUCACCCUGUGGAGAGCGGUAGUGGCAGGACAAGCUUUUCUGGCCGAGGCGGUGGCAGCUCAAAGCAUAGUUUGGGAGGAAGCAAUAAGUCUGGGUUUGGAGGAACAUCGCGUCGGACAUUGCCGGGCGACCAUAACAGCACUACUGCGCGCAUUUGGUACUACAAGGAUACAGCAAAUGUCGAACAUGGGCCCCAGACAAUGCAGGAACUUGUUCAGUGGCACAAAGAGGGCUAUUUUGAUAGUAAUUUGCUGGUGCGGGAGAAGGGGCAUAAUGUCUGGAAGACGCUGACUGAGAUCUGCACGGAAAGGGCACCGAAAAGUCCACAAGGGAUGCCAUGCAUCGGUGAGAAUGUGGCAAGAGUGCCGGGGCAGGAGUCCCACGUGUCUGUGUUGGGCCUUCCGUCAGCGAUGAAGCAGCUAUCCAUUAACCCUGGAACAUAUAGCCCAACUAUGAGUGGUGGAAUUGGUGGUCGAGGGCGUGGCCAUUCUCGGUCACUCUCUGCAGAACAGGAUCUAAGGGCUCCUCACGCGGGUCAAUACAGGCAUUCGCCAGACCCAAUUGUUCUUCGAAAAUCGCAGUCUGCGCAUUACCCAGCAGACAGAGACUUUGUAAGGAGAGGGGUUGGGUCCGAGUCAGGCUCCGGAGUCUUCUUCCAGUCGGGAACAGACGGCCAGAGGAGCCCGUUGGAACCGGCCGGGAUGGAGGGUGGGAGACUCAUUUCUGUUGACCCUGAUAAACAGAGUGUUUAUGCAGAGAAACUGUUUAAGGCAACGGAGGAAUGGUUUUACAUUGAUCCCUCUGGGAGCUUACAAGGUCCGUUCAACGGCGAGAGGAUGUACAAAUGGUGGAAGCGGGGGUACUUCACAGACACCAAGUUCCGAAGAGGGGCUGAAGGGCAAUUUUAUACGCUUCCUGAGCUGAUUGCUUGCUUAUCCAUGGACACGCAUGACGGAUCUCGAUCGUCGGAUCAUAGUGGCUCUGGAUCACUCGAUGGAGAUGGUGACGGUGAGGAGGGGACUGCAGAUGAGGCAAUUGGCUCGUCUCGCUUUGGAAGAGAGAUGGAAAGCAGCCGAGGACUGGAAAGGAUACCUGAGAAAAGCGAAGCCAAUGUAGCUGAUGGGCCAUCAGCGUCGACAGCUCCUGUUGCUGAAGAGACCAGAGGGCGCAAUGCAUCGCCAGGCGCUCCCGGUGAGAAGGCCAGCGACGAACAGGUGCGGGAUGAAGUCAACGUGGCAUCUGCAGGCGAUCGCUCCCGCGAAAGCUCUCGGAAUGUUCAGCAUGGAGAGGGAACUUAUAACCAAUUCGACAAUGAAAAAGGAGCUGGGUCGGUCGGGGCCGUGGUCACUGUGAACGCAUUGUGUAACGAAGCGGACGAUCACGCUUGACCAACUUCACCCUCAAAUUUUGAAGUUAUGUGCGAUGCCUAGCGAUAGGCAGUUUGCGACGUUGUCUUUUGCAUUCUUUCAAGGCUUUUGAUGUUUAUUCGAGGUUUCGACGGCCAGGGCAUCGACAGAGAAGCAAAGGGCUAUAUCCUUCUCAUGACCAAUUUUUGGAGUUAUGGAAGGUAUGUGAGGAACAGAAGGACAUUAUCUCUCCGUUACGUGGACGUUCAAAUAUUCACAGAGUGAUUGUGAUUAAUCAUUGGUUGACCACAAGACGAAGUGUCAGCCGAUGCGUUGCCACUUGGCAAUGAUUGAGAGCGCCUUGGCCCUACAAGGCGAGUGCGAGGGACCGAGGCAGUCCUUUAUGCGAAAGUGUGUUGGGUGGUCGAUCUUGUGCUAAUCGAUUUUGCAUUGCACGGGUCCGUGUUUGUGCCGAAUUACUGCCGACUAAGGGGCCCUUUAACGGCCCGCAAGAGGUGUUUCUCGGCGGAGGAAGGGCGAUGAGGAGAGGGUUGGUGGAUCGUGUUCGUUUGACCGAAUUGUUUUUUCCGAGGCUAUUUGGCCAACUUGCCCCUGUCAGAAAUUGCGCCAGGGGGAAUCUGGCUAAAGCUUCCUUGGCUUGGCGCGUCUCUGAUUACAGGAGUGGUCGCCUUGUUAUGCCUGCGAUUGCAGGACACCAGUCUGUAGUUGGUUGUUUGUCCAUUUGGAGAACACAUCCCUGUGGAGGAGGAAAGGGGAAGUGGUGGAGGUGUUUUGCUAACGGCUCAUUUGUAUUACCAUCUGUUUCUUUCAGCUUUCUGUUUCUCUGGACACAUGUUUAUCCCAUUGGUACAUGCUCCACUGAUGUCCACGAAAGUGCUGCUUAUCGACCUCCUUCGGCCAACCCCUAUCUUCAGUGCUUGGCCAAGCAGUCUUACUCCAGAUGGCCACCUGUAUAUUCUCGGAGUACGUGGUGCUGGAUGCCAAGUGGCCAACCAUCUGAAGUGAGUUACGUUAAGUAUGAAUCUGUGCAUGUGUGCGCGUGGUUGUAUGCGUAAGCGCGUGUGUGUGUGUGUGUGUGUGUGUGUGUGUGUGUGUGUGUGUGUGUGUGUGUGUGUUAUGAAGGAGAGUUUGUGAUGUACCUAGUUUAGGGUGGUGGAUGAGUUUGAAGUGGCAAUGGUUGACGGUGGAAUGCUUCUGAAUGAAUGACAGAGCAUAAGAACAUGAGGCAAUAAUGCAGCUGCUUUGUGAGAAAAUAUGGCAGGUUUCAACACAUGGGGUUGGUGCUCCUGCCAUUUCGGAGACUGCCACAUGCCAUCCACCCAUCCGUCUAUUUGGGGACCAGCACGGUGGUGAUUAUAUCUGCGCUUAGCGAUAUGCUAGCUGCAUCCGUGUCCAUUGAUCUGCACUGCAGCUGGACAUUGUUCCCUUGGUUGCCAAGUUACUUUCUGCUGCGUGGUGUUUAGCACUGCAGCUGGUCUUUGUUCCCUUGUGAUGGGCUUGGUUCCUGAUACAGUGUGUUUUAUUGGUUGUACCACAACCUGAUACUCGGUACCAAUGGGCUUGGUUCCUGGCACUUAGUCGUUUAUACGCUGUACCACGCCUUGGUACUUGGUACCAAAUAUACAUGGGUCAAGUCGCUUGGUGCCUGGUAAUGCGGGACAUGGUACCGAAGUCAUAUUCCGGUUUGCUGCUGCUGGAGUUCGCACGACUUUGCUGCUGCUGGAGUUGGUGGUGGAGUUUUGCAGCCUCUCUUACCUUCUUCAAGCUAGAACGCCCCAGUCAUUAUAGCGACAGUAGGUACUUGGUAUGAGAGAGAGAGAGAGAGAGAGAGAGAGAGAGAGAGAGAGAGAGAUUAGACUGAAGUUUGGGCUUUGGUUCGGAAGUUUUACUGACCUCUGGUACCGAAGUUCGACACUUGGUACCGCAAGUUUGGCGCUUGGUACCAUAAGUUUGGCACUUGGUACCAAACUACAGGACUACAGGACUGUGUAUGUAACUAGUAUGUUGCUUGCUAUGUGGAUGGUGGAUGGUUCCGUGAGGCCGUUGCCCUAUCUUCGAAGGGAGUUAUGCCACAGAAGCCUCAGAAGGUGGGGAUGUUCUCUCUCUGGGGGUGUUAUUGAAAAGGAUUGCACUAUAUAUGGUUGUUUGGGGUAAAGCGGCUAUUUGGGCAAGGUUGCAUUCUUGUAAUGAAGUUCGUCAAACGACUGCACGCUCAGGACUGAGAAGAUCGAUCCUCGGCGAACCCCUUUUCAAGGACCAGUCUAUUUGCGGUGGCAAGAAAAAUGACACCCAUGAGUGAUGACGCGUGAACGAUGCACCUGUGUCUUUGAAGUUUGAACCAAGAUCUUGUCCCUUCUGGAUUCUGGAAGCUGUACUAUUCGCCGACAACAACACUGACAACAAUUAAACACUGGGUCUGACUUGCGCUUGCGAUAAGGCCGACGACAACAACACCGACGACAUCACCGACAGCAAUUAAACACCGCGUCCGACUUGCGAUAUGGUGGGGGCAAGGCAAGUCCCAUCCAAAUCGCACACAAAUGCUGCUUAUCCUAACUGCCCCUCUCCCUGAAGUUGGCCCCUGACAGUAGUAGGGGUUAACCUCCAUCGAAAAGGUCAUAGGGUUGGCAAAAGAGUUUCUUUUUUUUUUUUUUUUUUUUUUUUUUAAUGGGUGAGGUUGAGUGUGGAAGUGUGUCAUGCUCUUUCCUUGUUGCCACUUGUGGAUGCUCGUUUCAAAGCGUCGGCACUCUCUUUUGGAAUCGUGGGGCAGGGACGUGUGUUGUUUUAAUGGAAUCGUCAUGUGCUGCUGUAUACGAACUCUUGGAAGAAUUUGUAGAUAAUACUAGAUACGUCGGUCCUUGGCGCGAGGUUCAACUCACCUAGACAGACUGGUCGGUCACAUACGUGCAACUGACAACUUCGCGUUUGCGGUGAGAUGCCAACCUCAUACCAUCUGCUUGUCGUUACAACUUUUCUUAACAAAUAGUUGUUUUAGACAUCCCCCCCCUCUCCCCUCAUUUUCGUGUCCGUUCGCUCCUUUUUUCUGUCUUCUUUUUGGUCUUCUGUAAUACGUUCACAGUGCGUAGGACACGGGAGGAUGCUGGCUGUGUUCUGGCCUCUUGCAACGAGCACUUGCGAGGGUCCACGACAACUGCGACUAUUGGGAUUGACCCAACUGCGGCUAUUUUGAUUGACCCAACUGCGGCUAUUGUGGGUUUUUUAUGAUUGCUAUAAAGGGACUCGCACCGAGAAGCUUGUCAGGCAGUUGGGAGUCAGGAGGCUGUGUUCACAACUUCACAGGGAGUGCUUGCUAAGCCUUUGUCAGCUGCUCCGCUUGUUAUUGAUGUGAUGGGCGAAUUUCGCCGAAUUGUCUCUUAUCGAAAAGCUUGCCCGAGCAGUUUGCAGCUGCUGUACUCAGCUGCUUUGUCGUGCAGCAGAACAGAUCGUUGACUUGUGGACGAUCCUGUGGCGAUGGCUAAGGGGUUGGACCUCCUAUGUCGCAACCGUCUUGCAAUAUAUAUACUUUUAUUGCUGACUAGAACCGCGGUCUAAAUCUGUAGAAUUCUUCAGUCUCACAUAGACCUUUCUUUUUGUAUGUAUAGUGAAGCCUGGCCCUGAUGUGAGCUACGGGGAUCUCCAUUUACGCCAUGCCGUUCCAGUGUCCGUUUUAUUCGUGGGCCGCUUCGGCAAAUCUAAGCAGCGUUCCUUCAUCGACUCUUCGUUGGACGUCUGCACAGGGGAGGCAACCGUCACGCAGGCAAUCAAUCCACACCUCCGUGACGGAGUGUCGUUUGGAGACCGCUGAAGGAUGGGGCGCAGUCGAUCUGAGCACUGGGUGCUGCUCCGAGGAGAAGUGCCUAUUGUCCGGGCAGGUGUGACACUCUGGACAGAGAAUCAUUAGUCUGGUCUACGAGCUGAGAAUUGACUCACCUGAUCCUGAAGUAAUAAGGUGUAGAAGACCUUCUUGGAUACGAGGCUGUUGUUGAAGAAAGGGGGGAAGGGGAGGGGAGGGAGUAAGGUGGGGAGCUCAUUUUCUACUACUGGGGGUCUGUUGGCCUGCAGGAUGGAAACUAGCAUGUGCUCUGCUGUCACCUAUUUCGCUUCUGAGACCUCCAGUGCACCUUGUGCAUUGCCAGCGAAUGCGUUGAUGUCGUUGAUCCGCACCAGGCCUAGUGCAAUCUCCUUGGUGCACAGAUGGGGUCUGGCUUUUGUAGUUAGGGGGGGAUUGGAUUGCAAGGCUCAAACUUGGAUGGCGAGGAAUGCAACUUGGGUUAUGGGUUCUGCGCAGGUUGUGUGAUCUGCAUCUGGCUUCCUGUUGCGGGCAACAGCAGGAUCCUCUCAACAGGAUGAUAAUGGUAUUCACACCUCCAGCACGCUGGUGCAGAUGAACCCGAUCGUGCAUUCAACCAGGUGUACACGAUCGUGCACCAGCACUUGGAGCUUGCACGGACAGCCCGGAUGUCAUCUGCCUCAUGGGCUUGCAGAUGAACUCGGUCGUGCAUUCAUCCGCGUGCAGAUGAACCCGCGGUUGCGCAUUGUGCACAUGAUUCGAUCUCAGCUUGGAGCUUGAACCAACGGCCUGGAUGUCAUCUGCCUCAUGGGCUUGCAGAUGAACCUGGUCGCACGUUCAACGAGGUGCACACAAUUUCAUCAGUCCUUGGAGCUUGCCUGGAUGCGAUCUGCUUCUUGGCCUUGUAUAUAAGAGCGUUAAAGUUUUAACCCUGCAGUUAACAGUACAGUAAGUUUGGAGCUUGGAACUUGGAACUUGGACCACUGGCCCAAGUUUGGAGUUUGGAACUUGGAACUUGGAACUUCGAACGUGGAACAUGGAACUUGGAACGUGGAACGUGGAACUUGGACCACUGGCCCAAGUUUGGAACUUGGAACUUGGGACUUGGACCACUGGCCCAAGUUUGGAGUUUGGAACUUGGAACUUUUGAACUUGGAACUUGGAGCGUGGAACUUGGACCACUGGCCCAAGUUUGGAACUUGGAACUUGGGACUUGGACACUGGGCCAAGUUUGGAGUUUGGAGCUUGGAACUUGGAACUUGGGACGUGGAACUUGGAAUGUGGAACUUGGACCACUGGCCUGAGUUUGGAACUUGGAACUUGGGACUUGGACCACUGGCCCAAGUUUGGAGUUUGGAACUUGGAACUUGAACCCCGCAGUUCACAGUAUAUCAUAGUUCACUCAUAUCGCGUGAUGUCGUCAGCAUGGCAGAGCUUGAGCUGACGGUUUACACCUGUUGCAGUUUACGGAGGAACCAUCCGAGGGUUUCAACCAUGGAUCAGUGUGAACGGUUACACCUGUAUCGAACUCAAGCCCGCUGUGGGGGGCAGUUACCGACGGGGUAAGUGGAUAGGAUGUCGUUCUCCCACACAUCUGUACACUGUAUUCAUUCCAUCUUCUUCUUUGUCCUGUAAUGUGUUUCGCGCUGCAAUUUUCCGUUUGCGCUUGGGCAUUCCUUGGCAGUCGUUGGUUUUUACCCUUGUGUGUGUGUUCUGAAGUGUGUCAAUCAAUGUGUUGCAGUAUUCCUGUUCCUAGCCGCCUUUGCAGCGAGUAUGCAGUCCUAGCAGUUAACCCAGUAACUGCAGUUACAACAUUUACUGCAGUUAGUUACGACAUUACAUUUACUGCAGUUAGUUAUUGCAGUUACCAUGAUCGAUUAAGACAAUUACUGCGGUUCCCGUUGCACCGAGCAGAGGUGGUGACGGGCUCAUUCAUUGGAAGCCUACUAGCAGAGAAGCUGACCAGGUACCUUUGGGUAUCGAGGUGUUAACCGGCAAGACCAUCAAGGUGUUAACCGGCAAGACGCAAACUGCAAGGGGGACAUAGCAAGCAAACUGGGUAGAGGAUGACUCGUGACCUGACCGACAGGAAAAGCUAUGUUCCCCCGUCAAAGCUCUCUCAGUGAUGUUUAGCAAGUUUUCCGCCAUCGGACACGGAAUAUCGCACGGGUGACAGUUCGGCUUUCUUCAACCAACACUGCAGCGAAGGGAAUUCCAUGCGCACUUGCUCCUGCAGACGUGAAGGCUGAACCUGGAGUUUAGGUAUGGCUUGUAUUUCUCUGCUUUUAGGGUGGGAGAUAGCGUGGGACUGGAGCUUGAACCGCAGGUCGAACAUGGUCCUGGCAGGUGGUUUGUGUUGCGGCAAAUGGU